AUGACCAUGCAAGAAUCACAGGAUCAUUCUCGUUUUCGCACGCGUGGAGGAGGCAAAAGACGUGGAAACAAUACUAGAGGCUCAAGGAAUAUCCCAAAUCAACCGCGGCAAGCUGCAGCUAAAUAUUCUACUCAGCCAAAUGGCAAUGAAGUCGAUGAUUCUGACCUGCCUUCAACCUCAGAAACACCUCAGAAUGUUACACCUCAAAAUGCCACUCCGAGAAUCUCUGUGCCCACAGAUACUCCGACUUUUGCAGGACUCGCAAAAGAUAAUCUAAUUCAUCCUGUCUUACUGCAAACAAUAUCGGAGGACUUAAAAUUCAACCACAUGACACCGGUACAAGCAGCUACCAUCCAUCCGCUUCUGAAGGAAGACUGCGAUGUUUUGGCACAAGCAAAGACUGGUACAGGAAAAACUAUCGCCUUCCUACUACCAGCCAUUCAAAGAAUGAUGCAUCGCCAGGAAAAACCAGGCAAUAACGUUUCUCUGCUUGUCAUUUCGCCCACCAGAGAGUUAGCAAUGCAGAUCGCAGAGGAGGCACGUGCCCUACUACAGCGUCUAAAGCAGUACAAGAUCUGUAUCGCCAUUGGUGGUACAAACAAGGACACGGAAGAGAGACGCAUUUUAAAAGGUUGCGAUAUUCUGAUUGGUACUCCAGGUCGACUAUACGAUCAUCUGAGUGGAGAAGAUAGCCGCGUUGCUGGCAUGCUACAGAGUCUUGACACGUUGGUGCUAGACGAAGCCGACAGGCUUCUGGAUAUGGGCUUUUUGGAUUCUCUCAAGAAGAUUAUUCGAUGCCUGCCGAACAGGGCCGUCCAUAAGAGGCAAUGCAUGCUCUUCUCGGCAACUGUCCCUGAACAUGUCCAAAGAGUUUCCCAAUUAGUCCUUCGACAGGACUAUAAGUCUAUCUCUACCAUCGCAGAAGGUGAACUGAACACGCACGAGCGCGUCCCUCAGCAUCUCAUUGUCGUUCCUACCUUCUCUGAUAUGGCAGCUGGAUUACUCGGUGCACUACGACAAGAGCUUGCAGUCGUCGGUCCCGAAGCCUUUAAAGUGAUAAUAUUUGUGCCAACCGCCCGGCUAGUAGACUUUUACAUGGAAGUCCUACAGAAAUCACCCGGUCUGCCAUCAGUCAUAUCCCUCCAUUCUCGAAUGUCACAGGGAAAGAGGACGAAUGUCACCGAAGAGUUCCGUCGAGCUCAAAGCUGUAUCCUAGUGGCAACGGAUGUCAUCGCUCGAGGCAUGGACUUUCCUUCGGUAACAAACGUCUUCCAAGCAGGCAUUCCUUCCGAUAAGGAAUCCUAUAUUCAUCGGCUGGGACGAACUGCCCGUGCGGGCGCGGAAGGAAAAGGCACCUUCAUUAUCACGUCUCACGAGACUUCAUUCUCAAAGCGAACACUUAAGAACAUCACGUUUGAGGAUACACCUGCGGACCUAAGCGCCCGCGAUGAUGUAUCGGAAAUUGCUAUGAGACUCGAUCCGGAAAUACAAGCGAAAGCAUACCAAGGUUGGCUUGGUUACUACAAGAGCUAUAUCAAAUCAUUGAACUGGGAUUCUGCCCGACUUGUUCGUGAAGCGAAUGAGUUUGCGCUAAACGGUCUUGGAGCGGCUGAGAUUCCAACGCUCCAGAAGAGCACAGUUGGGAAAAUGGGAUUGAAGGGCGUUAAGGGACUUGUGAUUGGUCCGGAAAUUCGAAAUAUGAACAUUCAGAAGCGCGAACGGAACGGCGGCAAUGAUAGCGACAUGGGUAGCAGACAACCAUCCAAGCGACCUCAGAGAAGAGGAUGA